AUGAAUGACCGCGCCGGAGCGCGAGGGAGGAAAACAAAGGCACCUCCCGCUAGCCGGUACCUGCGGCGCCAGGGCCCGGCGCCGGCCGCACACUCACCUGGGGCUCGGCGCCGCCGAGGGCUGCGGGUGGGAACGCGGCCGCGGGGCGGGAGGGCGCCCCCGCAGUCGACCAGACCGGCGGCCCCGGCGCCCUCCGGCCGGUCCGUGCGCGCCGCGGGGAAAGCAGGCGGCCGGGGGCGCCGCCGCGCGUCGCAUGCAGCUCCCCACUGCGGCGGCCGCUGCCAAGGGGCCCAGGGACCCUGCGCUGCCGUCCCCGACCCCGCGACCCGAGGCGGCGACGGGAGAGACGCGGCGCAAGAGCAGAGCGCGUCCGGGGCGCCCCUCAGCGACUCUUCCCGCCGCCCUCCGCAGAGGGCUGGGUCUCCACUCGCCUUUGUGCUGGCAUCUUCCUUCGCUCCCAGCGACACUCGGAGCUCCUCUGGCGGCUCCGCGCCGCCGCCCACCCCCGGGUUACGCCGCGCCCCCCGCGCGACCCGCCGAUUGUGUCGAGUCAGCACCCGCGGCGGCGGGGACGCGCGAAGCCAUGUCUCCCGCCCGCGCUCGAGAGGGCGCCGGGGGUCCGGGCGCAGCGAGGAGGUUUCCGGGCGAGUUCGGCGACCCCGGCGGGGCGCGGCGCGUGCCCGAGCUGCUCCGCAGCGUCCGGCUCCCCGGCGCUCGCUCUCCUGGCGUCGCCCGCGAGCAGUGCGCCGGCCCGCCUGGAUCUCCCCUCUCGCCGCUACCCGCCGCCUGGCCCGGCCUCCCUCCCGCCGCCACCUUCCUCCUGCCGGGCUAGCCCGGGCGCCCGCCCCAACCAACCCCUGCGCCCCGGCCCUCGGAGAGCGCAGGGCCGGCCCGCUCACCUCCGGCGGCGCCGGCGCCCCUCCCGUUAGACGCGUGGGCAGCAUCUGCCCGCACCUUCCUGCGGGGCGCUUGGCUGGGGGCUUCCUGCACGUCGGGGACCGGGGAAAGGGAGUCGGGGGGCAGGGGGAAGGACGGGAGGGACAGCCAGACCUUGGCCAGCUGGACCUCCUGAGGAAGGUGCGGGAGAGUGGGGCGGGUACAGCCGGGCGGAAGACGAAUCCCGAGGCUGCGGAGGAUCCGGAGCUUCUCUCCUGCGACGCCGAAGGACACGAGAGUUCUGAGAGGCGCCGUGGAGGAAGGAGACCCUCUGAGGUCAUGCAAGCAGGUCUCUGCCCAAAUCCCACCGAAAAGCUGAAUGGAGGAGUGUCAUGCCUCGGUUUCCCCAACUGCAAGGGCAAGACGCAUCUUCAUUGACUCUCAGUCCCACUUGGAGGAAAGAGUAAAAACGCCAAAAUCAGCUCAAAGGCCUACAGUUAUCUGACCACAGGUUAUUAUGACACAAAGGUGGAGGGCCAGACACCUUAUCAGCAAAUGAAUAUGUCCUUCAGGAUCCAGCAUGUAAGUAUACAGGUAACGGGGUAAACAAUAUUUGGAAUACAUGGACCCAGAACUGGAAUGUGGAAAAUCCCCCCACACCUUAAUAUAUGGGAAAGAAGUUUGGUAGAGAUUUUUCCAUAUUUGACGAUAAUCUUAAAAAUGUAUAUAACUUUUCCAAUAAUGAACUGUAGACUGGAAAGAAACUCUUCUAUAGUAUCAAUAAUAAAAAGAAAUUUCAAUCAACUACGCUAACGGAAAGACUGAAAUAGCUAUUAAUGCUAUAGAACAAAAUGUGACAGAAUCAUUUUUACAUGAAGAAGAAAACAGUCUACAGCCAAAAUGUAGGGAAAAGUAUUGUAAAAGUAUAUUAGGCAAUUAAUUUUUUUAAUAAUUGUAUUUGUUUUUAUUUGAUGAUGUCUGAUACUUGUGAAUUUAUUUUAAUUUGUAAUCUGUUGUGAUUUUUAAUUCCAAAUAAAUAUUUUAAAAAAUAUCUAAACUGUAUUCUUUUCGUGUGUGUGUAUGUGUGUGUAUUCUUAAAGAAGGUUCUGAGCUGUAUUAUCUUCAGUCUCCAAAAAACAUGGACCUCUCCCCUAUUGAAACAGAUACUCUAAACGUGGCCUAAUCAGUAUAGCAUUCAUGGGGUGGGAGCUUCCACAGAAAUGACUAAAUACAAUAAUGUUUUGAGACGUCCAUUCCUGUCGUAUUUUAUCUAUCAACCAUUAGAAGGGAAUAAGUGGUGAAUUACAAUUAGGGCAUUUGGGGUCUGACAUAAGGGUACUCAUGUGAAUGCCAAAAUGGAACUUAAAUGUAUUCCAACUUUUCUGUAUUUUUAAAGAAAGUUUACCAAACCUAACUGCCUCAUUAUUUUCAUAGUGGCUAUGAUUUAUUUACUGUGCUGUAAUUCAGUGAUGUCGUUAGGUACUAUGUAGGUAUAUAACAGGUUUUUGGCCUCUACACCAAAUGACCUUAGACCAUUAUAGUUUUCUUGUUGUUGUUGUACUUAAAAAGUAACCUUCUUCUUGGAACCCCAUAUUUUUCCUAUCACCUUUUCUUUUAUUGAUAAUCAUAUCUCAUUCUUAAGUUCCUGCUUAUGUCUUGCAUGGAAUCUAUACUUAGAUAUAUAUUCUCAUUAGAACUUUGUCUAGAAUGGCUUGUGGAAAGGAGGAGGGUCAGUGAAUAAUGUACUUGAGGUUUAGUGCCUACAUUUUGUGGCAUCUAUUUUGGUUGCUUGGAAUCUUUUCUCAUUUUCUUCCAAUUUCUCACCCAUUAUCAGUGGUGAAAAGCUCUGGAUUCUCCCAUUCAUAUAUUCCUUAUGUAAAUAUUUAAUAACCACUUACUGUGAGCCAGGUACUCUUCUAAGUGUUGAGGAUAUAAAAGUGAGGGGCAGAGACAAAAAUCACUGCCUCUGUGAAGCUUAUAUUCUAAUAGGAUAGGGAAUGAGAGGUCAAAUAAGGUACAGCAGAAAGUGUGAGUGUUUACAAUAUCCAUAUGUUCCUCUACAUUUUCCAUUCUCCUUUGUACUUAGGAUAGCCAUGUGAUCACUUCUAGCAAAUAUUUAAGGAGCAAUGAUGGGUGUCACUUCUACCUCAAGAUUAAGAAUCUAAUGUGACUUCUCUCAUUCUCUUCACCUUCACUGAGACCACAGGGGCUAUAUAUUGCAAUGGUGUCAUCCCAAGAUAGGAGGAGACUGGAUCCCUGAACCAUCACUUGGAGGAAAGCUGACUAAUUGAUAUGAGACUGUGAUGUGAGCAAGAAAUAAAGUGCUAUGAUAAUUA